AUGGACAUUUUUGGCAUCGCUCCAGAAGGCAUCAAUGGGUUGGCAAAGGAGACCAUCCACGACCGAAUUAUCGGCUGCUUGUUUGGAUCAGCCUUGGGAGAUGCUAUUGGACUAUAUACCGAGUUUCUAUCGGGCCAUAUGUCCUCUAUCGCAUAUCCAUCACGGAAGUUUGUACUUCAUCCCGAAUCAGAUGCCACCCUGUUCCGCCGUGAUGCCCAUCGGAACCCGCAUCGACCGGGAGAAUGGACUGACGAUACAGACCAUGCAAUGCUAAUUCUGUUGUCAUGCCUGCACAAAGAUUGCAAAGAGCUCGAUGCACAGGAUUUCGCGUCACGACUCUUGAUCUGGGUUCAAUUUGGGCUACGUGCUUUGGAUACCUUGCCUCUAGGCCUGGGCAGAACCGUUGGAUCUAUUGUCCGGACAAAAACAUAUCUCGAAGACCCCGAAGGCACAGCUAGAACGCAUUGGAAGAAUACGAACUAUCAUGUCGCCCCCAAUGGAAGUCUCAUGCGAACGCACCCCCUAGGCUUGCUUUGCUUGAACAAACCACUGUAUGACACUUUUGAAACUGCAGCAUCUUACUCGGUUGUCACUCAUGUCGACCCGCGAUGCAUCAUUUCUUGUGCCAUCGGAACCGUUCUUAUUCGUGGACUGCUGCGUCAGGAGAUUAGGACAGAAGAUGACAUUGACGCAACGAUUGCCCAAGGAUUAUCGUGGUGGACCGGCUACAGGGCCCGAUUGUUACAAGAUCCAGAGCGACGAGAUGAGCCGGACCUGGAUCUUGCCGAGUUUCGGAGGCAUGCUAAAGUUAACAGCCUUGAUGUGCUGCAGCUCGAUGAUGGAUAUAAAAUUGGAUAUGUCUACAAAACAUUCGGCUCUGGCAUUCAUGUCCUCCGCAUGGCAAUGCGCAAAUCGGCCGAAUCGGGACAUUCGUUGGCUUCUCAGUUGGCUGUUUUCGAGCCGUUGAUAACGGAUCUAAUUAUGCGAGGAGGAGACGCUGACACAAAUGCAUGCUUCGCUGGUGCUCUUCUUGGUGCGUAUCUUGGAUACAGGACGCUGCCUCCACAUUGGCGAGAUGGUCUUCGGCAUGGACCGUGGUUGAUGCAAAAGGCUGAAGGACUGUGUCAACUUCUUGGCGUGGCUGAGGGAACCUACAAAGGGUCUGAGGACAAAGAGACACAACCUCACGCAGGCAGAGGAAUACCUACAGAUAAGCAGAUGGAGGAGAAAGUAAUGUUGUUGCAAGCGGAUAUGGCAAAAAGGGAGCAAGAGAGAACAAAGGCGGAAGAGGAGGAACAAAGGAAGGCUAAAGGCAGUAGCUGGUUGAAAUGGAAAUGA